GAAAAAGAAUGAAUUAGCUACCACUGGCAAUGGCGACCAAGAAACAACGCGCGAUUGAGCGAGGAGAGGGAUCCUAGGGCGGGAUGGAGCGAGCAGCGCGGUCAAGGCCGCCAGCGAGCUAGACGCGGGCGCUACGGCGCAGCGCAAUGCGGGGCUGAUCUCUCUCUCCCUCUCCCUCUCCGCGUUGUCUCUGUUCUUGGCGAUUUCGGGAUGGGAGCUGCCUGGAUCGCUCUGGCGCUGGGGCUGGCGCUGUGCGCAUCCGCGGAGCAGCAGCAGCAGCACGAGAGAAUUUCAGGCAGCGCUGGCGAUGUUUUAGAGGACGAUCCCGUCGGCAGGCUCAAGGUCUUCGUCUACGAGCUCCCAGUCAAGUACAAUAGAAAAGUUUUGGAAAAGGAUCCUCGCUGCCUCACUCACAUGUUUGCGACCGAGAUUUUCGUUCACGAAUUUCUUCUAGGCAGUGCUGUGCGCACUCUCAAUCCUGAGGAAGCAGACUGGUUCUAUACUCCAGUCUACACUACCUGCGAUUUGACACCGAAUGGAUUGCCGCUGCCUUUCAAGUCUCCCAGGAUGAUGCGAAGUGUGAUCCAAUACAUUUCGAAUCAGUGGCCUUACUGGAACCGGACGGAGGGUGCUGAUCAUUUUUUCGUUGUUCCUCACGACUUUGGAGCUUGCUUUCACUACCAGGAGGAAAAAGCGAUCGAGCGCGGAAUUCUUCACUUGUUGCAGCGCGCUACUUUAGUCCAAACUUUCGGGCAGAGGUAUCAUGUCUGCUUGAAGGAGGGCUCCAUUGUGGUACCUCCUUACUGCCCUCCACAAAAGAUGCAGGCCCAUCUCAUCCCACCGAGCAUACCGCGCUCUAUCUUCGUCUACUUUCGGGGUCUUUUCUAUGACUACGGCAACGAUCCGGAAGGAGGCUACUACGCAAGGGGUGCUCGUGCUGCUGUUUGGGAGAAUUUCAAGGAUAAUCCUCUCUUUGACAUCUCUACCGAGCACCCGAUUACGUACUAUGAGGACAUGCAGCGAGCUAUCUUCUGCCUGUGUCCACUGGGCUGGGCUCCCUGGAGCCCCCGACUCGUGGAGGGAGUGAUCUUCGGCUGCAUUCCAGUGAUCAUCGCGGACGACAUAGUCUUGCCGUUUGCCGACGCGAUUCCGUGGGAGGAGAUUGGAGUGUUCGUUGCAGAGAAGGACGUGCCGAAGCUGGACACCAUCCUCACGUCCAUUCCACCAGAGGUGAUCCUCAAGAAGCAACGGCUGCUAGCUACACCCGCCAUGAAACAGGCAAUGCUCUUCCCUCAACCGGCUCAACCGGGGGACGCGUUCCAUCAGAUCCUCAACGGGCUCGCUCGCAAGCUUCCGCACGACCGGAGGAUAUAUCUCAACCCAGGGGAGAAGGCUCUGAAUUGGAGCUCCGGCCCUCCUGGAGACUUGAAACCAUGGUAGAGCAGGGAUCGAUCGUUGGCAAAAGAAUGCGAUGACGCUCGCGCGCAACGCAAACUACGAUUUAGUUUUUGGAGACGACGAAGCUGACAACUUAACAAGAACAGCAAGAGAAACACGCUUGACAGAGAGUCUAGGAACUGGCACCAGCUGUUGCAGCUUCUGAGGCACUGGUGUCGUGUUUUACUCUUCUAGUUUUGUUGGUUUCUGGAGAUCUUCGAGGGAGCCUUGGUGGUGUAAAAUAUGUGCAUUCGGCAGCAGUGGCAACGACGAUUUGUGCUGGUGUUUUGAUCGAAAAUUCUUUUCAUUUUUGGCAAUUUGUUGCCUCGCUUGAUCUUUGUGCAAAGCAGAGCAUUUUCUCUCAUUUUUCUUUGCGCUUUUGUUCUUCCAGUGUCAUCGGGAGAAGUGUUUAAUUGUAACUGUCACCGGCAUGUAGGUC